AUGCAAUCACCACAACCACCAAGAUUACCACCAUCAAUGUAUCCAAAACCACCUUUUUCAAAUAUACCAUCACCAAAUAAUAAUAAUAAUAACAAUAAUAAUAAUAACAAUAUCAAUAGUAAUAAUAAUAAUAUCAACAAUAAUAUAAAUAGUAACAAUAUAAAUAAUAUUAAUACUGAUAAUUCACCUCCGCCACCAUCUAAUACAUCACCACAAACACCUAGCUCAAUAACAUCACCUUCCGAUAAAUUAAAUAAUGUAACAAAUCAACAAGCCCCAUUAAAACCACAAGAACCAAACAAUAGUAAUAACUUGGAAAAUAAUAAUAAUAACAAUACAAAUAAUAUUAAUAAUAACAAUAAUAAUACAAAUAAUAAUAUUAAUAAUAACAACAAUAAUACUAAUAAUGAUGAAAAUAAUAAUGAAAAUAAUAAUGAUAAUACCAAUAAUGACACAAAUUUACAAUCAUUUGAACAAUAUCAACAAUCACAACAGAAAAAACAAACAUCAGUAUUAAAAUCUGCUCCUGCUGUUGUUGUAAAUCCACAAAUUUCGCAAUCACAGAAAGAACCACACUUAAUAUAUAAUGACGAUUUUGUCUCAAUGGAGGAAAAAAGAGCCAAACUUCCAAGAUAUUCAAAUAGAGAUUAG